AGGUUUAAAUUGGAAAUAAAUUUUCACAUAAAACCAAAAUAAAAUGUAGAAAAAAUGAGCUUUUACCUUGGUAAUGAGCUCUAUAAUCGGAGUGAAACCUCUUCUCUAUUUUCUAUCUUUGCAUGUUGACACACUGAUGCCCAAACUGGGCAGGACCGGGCUCUGGAGAAGCUGGCAGCGCUGCAGGCUGCAGCAGAAUAUGAGGACGGUAACACGACCCGAACCAUUUUUUAUGUCUGCAGACGUUUGGCAGGAUAUAUAAGAGCCAGAGGCUGCAGAGGAGUCGGACACAGAGGGACAAAGGACACCAGUGGACCUAAACCUGCUUCAGAAUGGGACUGCUGAGUGUGGAAGAGCUGGUGACCGGUAAGAGGUCAGAGGGCAAAGAAGCGAGCGACUUCCAGGGCGGUGAGUACGAGGCGGCCGUCAAUCAGGAGAAGCAGGAUGACCGCCGGUCGCUCCAGGAGCUGCCAGGAGGAGACGGAGCUUCAGGGGAGGCUGACAGUGGGAGCGAGCAGGAGGAGGUCAGCGUGGCGGCUCUGAAUACUGAUAAAAGCGGGAGGCUGAAGCUGGAGACCGUGGAUGAUCUGUUCAACAUCCUGCAGCUGAGGAAGAGGAGGAAGGAGAGGAAGUCUUCUAUCUACAAGAAAACUGAACCAGAACCAGAAACAGUGCCAGAGACGGUGGAUGAGCUGCUGUUUCUGACAGCAGUCAUGGAGAACAAACUUCCUGUGGUGGAGAAGUACCUGACAGAAGGAGGAAACCCCAACGCAGCCGAUAAUGAAUAUUUUCUCCAGUUUCAGAGAACAGCUCUGCACAAAGCCUCCUUUAAAGGACACGUUGAGGUGAUGAGGAGACUUCUGGAGGCCGGAGCUGCCAUCGAGCAGAAAGACAAGCUGGAGGCCACAGCUGUCCACUGGGCCUGCAGGGGAGGCUGCCUGCCAGCCCUGCAGCUUCUCCUCGACCAGGGAGCCAAGAUCACCAGCAGAGACAAGCUUCAGAGCACUCCUCUUCACGUCGCUGUGAGGACCGGACACUGCGAGUGCGCCGAGCAUCUCAUCCACUGUGGGGCAGACGUCAACGCCAAAGACAGAGACGGAGACACUGUGAUGCACGACGCUGUGAGGAUAAACCGAUUCAAGAUGAUGAAACUGCUGAUGAUGUACGGGGCCAGCCUCAGCACAAAGAACUGCGAUGGAAAAACACCUUUGGAGACGCUGUAUUCAUGGCAGAAUGGAGCCAAGAGCCUCCUGUGCAACUUCAACGAGGAGAAGCCCUGAUCUUUCGACUAUCUGUAGAAAACAAAGGAGGACUCGUCUGAAGAUAUUUGCCUCCAAAUAACCUCCUUUUGGUUCAGGAAUCUGAAGGGCCAACCCAUCAGACCAUUUUAUGAACUAAAUUCUGAAGACUGAGUUAGUAUAAGUCCGAUCUCAAUCAGGACCUUUCAUCAACAAUGUGAAGUCCAAUCAGGAGGUAUUUUUAGCUCUGAUAGGUUCAGUGUCAGCUGGACGUUGCUGGUCAGUGUCUCAGCUGACAGUUGAAAUAGGAUUUUUUCUUUAUUUGAAUUUUAAGCUGAAUUGAAUUCAGUGACGAUGCACCGAUAAGGUGAUUAAUUUAUUGAUGAUGAAUAAGACUUAUUUAUUGUCAGAUGUGAUGUGUUUGAUUUAAUUCUGACACAGAGGGGCUGAUUGUGUUGUGUUGAUGUGGACCUGAAGCAGAUUUUCUGCGGGUGUGCAGUUUAAGAGAAAUUAGCAGGAACAAAGUAAGUUUUAUUUUCAGGUUGGACAGAAUCUCUUCAGCAAUCCCUUCUAGAUGAUCUACAGAUGUGAAUGCUGCAAAGUAAAGCUGUCCUGCUCCUUUUUAGCCUUCAACUAAGGACAACUUGUGCUAUAUCUGUCCAAACCUUCUCAAAAGUUCUCCCAGCAAGUGUCCUGCUGUGUUUUCCAGGAGGAUAUUGUGAUGCACAUAAAGACCCAUAUAAGCAGAGAGUGACAGAGCUGGAACGUUGCUGAUGGCACAGAGGAAGUAUGACAAGAAUUCUAGUUGUUCAAACAUAUGUAUGCAUUUUCUAAGAUGUUGGUUUUUAUUUAUUUAUUGAUUGAAAUAUAAAUAAUUAAUAAAACUGCCUUUGAUUUGAA